CAACAACAACAGCAACAGCAAAAAAGCGCAGCAAACAGCAUUAAAGUAAAAAGUGAAAACGCAACAACAGCAACAACAACAACAGCAGCAGCAACUGUAACUAAUGCAUUCACAACAACAACAGCAGCAGCAAAGGCUUUGCAGGCUUGCAACAACAACAACAACAACAGCAUUAAGAAAGAAGCAACACCUCCAGCAACAACUGCGGCGGCUGAGGGCUCCACCACCAUCACCAACAACAAUAACAACAACAACAACAACAACAACAACAACAGUUCAGCAUUUGCCUCGUCAUGCUCAUCAUUCUCCUCCUCAUCAUCCUCGUCGUCUUCAUCCUCCUCCGCCUGGUCGAACAUUGAGGAUGCGAACAGCAACGGUGGCGCCUCCGCCGACGAAGAGCAUUGCGCCAACGAAGAGGCGCCACAAGCUGCUGCUGCUGAUGCUGCCGCUGCGGCUGCUGCUGCUGCUGCUGCAACGACAUCAUUGAUGAUGACGACAACGCCACGCCCCGUACUUCUAACGGCCGUCAAUGCCCACAUCAUCUGCCACUUGUGCCAAGGCUAUCUGAUCAAUGCGACGACCAUCGUGGAAUGUUUGCACUCGUUCUGCCACAGUUGCCUCAUCAAUCACCUGCGCAAGGAGCGCUAUUGUCCUCGCUGCGAGAUGGUCAUCAACAAUGCCAAGCCCAACAUCAAAUCUGAUACCACACUGCAGGCGAUUGUCUAUAAGCUCGUGCCCGGCCUCUAUGAACGGGAACUCAUGCGUAAGCGCGCCUUCUACAAGGAUCGUCCUGAGGAGGCGGCACUGGCCACGCCCGAACAGCGAGGCGAUGAUACGGAGCAUUUGAUAUUCAGUCCAUCCGAUGAUAUGUCGCUGUCGUUGGAGUACGCGGAACUUGGUGAAUUGAAUACCGAUUCGGAGCUGGAAUUCGGUGAUACAUUGCGUCCACGUUAUCUGCAAUGUCCGGCCAUGUGCCGUGUUAGCCAUUUGAAGAAGUUCGUCUACGACAAGUACGAGAUUGAUGCCAACAACUUUAGCAUCGACAUCAUGUACAAGGUGAAGACAAUUGCGCUGCAGGAUUAUUAUACGCUCAUGGAUAUAGCGUAUAUAUACACGUGGAAGCGGGAUGCGCCGAUGCGUUUCUUUUUCCGUGUCUACGAAUCGCCAAAGAAGCCACUGAUCAAGCCUGUUCCAGCGGUGGUCAAGCCACAGAUACUGCCUUUGAAGCAGGAGCGUGUGUCUCCUGCAGCCACGCCCCCUCCGGCUCCUUUGGCCAUCAAAGUGCCCACACUGUCACCGCCAGCGCUUCUAGCAGCAGCUCCAGCCAACACUCCGUCUCCUGCUCAAUCGCCGCGCAUCAAAGUGGAGCAGCCCCAAGACGAAUUUCGCAUUGCGCCCAAAUUGCAUUCGCCCACUGAGCAGUCGCUCAAGAUGGUCAUCAAUCGCAAUGUGGUGGAGAAGCCCGAGAAGCACUCGCAUCAACAUCAGCAUCAUCAUCAUCAUCAUUCGCCAAAAUCGAGCUCCAAGAGUCCGACCACCAAGUGCCCGCCUCAGUCGCCUGGCGGCUACAACAAGGAGGAGCCCAACAUUAAGCUAAAGAUUGAUCUGUCCAAGCACAAUAGCGUCACCAUCAUCAACAUGUCCGAUCCGGAUCGCAAGGAGAUCGUCAAGCCGCUUAAGCCGGAGAAGGAAUCACGCUCCAAGAGCAAAAAAGACAAGGAUGGCAGUCCGAAGUCAUCCUCCAACAGCAGCAGUCCCUCGUCCUCAUCCAGCGAUCGUAAGCGCAAGAGCCCCUCCCCAUUGACCGUGCCGCCCCUGACCAUUCGCACGGAACGCAUCCUGAGUCCCAAUGGAGUUAGCACCGUGCUCAGCCCUCGCGUCACCAGCGGCGCCUGCCUGGAGGAUCCCAAGUCCGAGUUCCUCAAGUCGUUUGCUCUGACGCCCAUCAAGGUGAAAGUCGAGUCGCCGGAAAAGCAAUCGCAGUCAAAGAUUAACGUAUCUUCCGCUGCUGCUGCUGCUCCAGUACCGAACAACAAAUCCAAGUCCCACCUGGACGAUAGCCUGCUGAUGAAGCCGCCCAGCGCCAUGCCGCCCAAGUCGAUAGCCUCCUCCAAGCGCAAGAGCAAGGAGCCCGUCAAGGCACUCUCCAAGAAGCCCAAGCUGUCCCCUCCACUGCCCCGUGAGGACUUCAAAAUACGCCUGCCCACGCCCAUUGUCAACACCAACAACGGGCUGGCCGCUGACAAACCGCUAAUGCCCCCGCCUCCUGCCAAGCCUCCACUAUCACGCAACAGCAACAGCAGCAGCAACAGCAAGCUGACAAAUGGACCACAGACACCACAGCUGCCCAUCUACGCGCCUCAGCAUCACGCACAUCCACUGCAGCAGCCACAGCAGCAGCAACAACAACAGCAGCAACAGCAGCAACCGCAUUUCGCACAACCGCAAGGACAUCAUGCAGGACUACAAAUGUCAGCACCGGGCAAUCGCACGCCCAUCGCCAAGCGCUAUCAGCCCAUUUUGCCAAAAGCAGCGCGUCCGAAUCCUUUCGCCAAUAUACCCAGCGAUGUGAACCGUUUGCUCAAGGAUGCGGGCACCGAGAUCAAGACAAUUGGUGGUCAGAACAAGUCGCAUGUCUAUGGGCCGAAGCAAACCGAGCACAAAAUGGGCCCACCGCCAGUACCCAAGACCAACAACAACAGCAUCAGCAACAACAACAACAGCAGCAACUCUGGCAACAACAACAACAACAAUAACAAGUCGAGCAACUACCUAAACCUGGCCUUGUACAACUUCAGCAAAUCGAAGGGCAAAGAGGCGCCGCCCGGCUGCCGCACGCCCAUGUACACGCCCAAUUCGCCCAUCUAUUCGCCCAGUUCGCCGCAAUAUGUGCCCAACUAUAAUAUACCGACCAUGCCCACCUACAAGUACACGCCCAAGCCGACAAACACGGCGGCUUCGUCAGCAGCAGCAGCAACCACAACAACAACAACAUCGGCAGCUGCCACAAGCACAGCAACAACAAAUGCCAGCGCCUAUUUGCAGAGCAUGCUGAAUGGAGCUGCGGGCGGUGGCCUGGGCGGCUGUGGUCUCUUCCCCAGUCCACCCAUCAAAGCGGACCAGAACACCAAUCCCGCCGCCGAGGAUGCGCCCGAGAAGCAGCAGGUGAAGGUGAAAUCGCUGCUCAACUCGUGCAACAUCAAUAUACCCUCAUCGCUGUCGAUAACCAUAUCGCGUGACAACGGUGACGCCUCCUCGCCCAGCAAUGGGGCGCAUGCCAAGCACAAGAGUCCCGUUAAUAAUUACAUUGAGAUUGUCAAGCUGCCCGAUCAGCCCGCCGUGGACAAGGACAAAGAGAAGGAGAAGGAGAAGGAGCGCGAAAAGGCAACAUCCAUGGCGCCGGUGAAACUUCCCGCUCCGCCAAGCAAGACAAUACCCUCGCCGCAGCAUCUGCUGGCGCGGCUCACGCCGCCCUCAGCUGUGACCACUGUGCCGCCCAAGACGUCGCCCAAGGGCACGCCCACGCCCACGCUGAAGCCGCUGCAGCAGCCAGCGCAAAUGGAGGGCAAGAAGACGCCCAGCCCCGAGAAGCGCCAGCACUCGCCCAAUGCAGGCGAGAAUAAGUCACCAAAGGCGGGACAGACGGGAGCUGGUGGAGCAGGUGCUGCCUCUACGGCCUGCGGCGAGACGGCGGCCAAAAAGUUUCGACCCAUUUUGCCGCGUCAGAAUUCUGCUGCAGCUAGCUGCAACACAGCCGAGUUGCCUGCCGCAAAGCUGCAACAGUUGCCGGCUCCUGCUAAUGCUGCCGCUGCCGCUGCUGCCUACAACUUUGCAAACAACCACAACAACAACAACAAAGUCAACAAGGUGCCCGUCAGCAAAAAGUCGCCCAACAAUGCCCAUGCCACUGCCAAUGGCAUUGCCAGCCAGGCCCUGAUCAAGGCCAACGCGGCCAAUGCAGCCAAGCGCAACAGCAGCGGCAACAACAAACAUCACUCCGGCGGCCCCAACAACUCGAAUCUGAAGCUCAUGGCGCCGCCGCCCCAUCCGCAUCCGCACAUGAAUGCGCCGCUGAGCAUCGCCUCGAGCGCCAAUCAGCUGGACUUGAACUUCUUCAAGGAGAAUCUGAUGCGCGCCCAGGCGGCGCAGGUGGCGGCGGCAGCAACGAAUCCCUCGAAUCUGCUGUUCAACUUUGCGCCCGCCGUCUAUCAGCAGGCCUGCCUCAUGGAGCAGCUGUCGCGCAUGCAGCGCGCCGGCCACGAGGUGUUCAACGAUUACCUGCAGAAGGUGAGGAAUGCAGCGGGCGGUGCCAAUGAGGGUGAUCAGAGGCAGCAGCAGGUGAUGCCCAUGCUGCCCAAUGUGACGCUGCCAACGCCGCCGUCCACGCAUCAGCCCUUGGCAUCGGCGGCCAGUCCCAAAAGCUCGCCGCAUGCAACGACCAAAUUGACGCCAGCAGCGACGCCGAAAGCCAACGUCAACAGCAGCGGCAGCGGCAGCAACACCGGCAGCAAGUCAGCAGCAGCCAGCAACAACAACAAUAACAACAACAAUUCGCUUCCUCUAACCAAAAGCAAGUGAAGCAGGCGGAAAAA